AUGGCCACACAACCAGUUGGAAGCGCUCAACCUGCGCAAAAUCAAGGCGAUUCCGUAAAUGGUCGCAACAAUCAGACUGUUCCUGCGAUUCCUACUGUAAAUGGUAGCCAGGACCAUUCUCGCAAGUCCUCAAUGACGGUCACUCCUUCUGGGGCAAACUACAACGGUGGCGCAGUCGGCGGUCCGCAGAACAAGCCAGGAGUCCAAUUCGGAGCCUUCAAUACUGCUGGCAGCUCACCUGCGAUGGGCAAUGCCUCUCUGCCACCGCACAACAACUCCAAUCUCGGAGUCAAUCAACUUGGCCAGGGUCAGAGAGCCUCGUCUCCCCAUGCCGCCCCAUCUCCGAUCCCUCAACCGAGCGAGCCCAGCGGUGGCUCUCGUCCUCCCUCAAACUUUGGUCAAAACGGCAUGGUCUUUGGCCAGUCAGGCUCAGGCGAAACUGACCCUUCGGGCCAACCUCGAUCUGUAUCUAGCCUCCAAUUCGGUAGCCACGACCGCCGUGGAUCGUCGCACUCCAUGCAGAGCGACUAUGGCAACAACCCCUCCCUCCCAAGCGGCCCAAAUCCCCGAAAUUUCCAGAGCCCUGCCGGUCGAGGCAGAGGAGGCUACAACAAUGGCGGCUACCAUCAGCAGCCACAGAUGCCUCACUUCUCCCCCCAGAACUCUUACCGCGGGCAGUCAAACGGUCGUGGCAUGCCCUACCAGGGUGCUCGCAAUGUCCCUGGAUACCAAGGCUCGCCCAGCAUGAGACCAAGCAACCCGGCCAUGAUGAACAACCAGCCCGGUACCCCACAACAGAUGUUCAUGCCUAUGCAACAACCUAACGGCAUGCCAAAUCAGCAGUACUUUUAUGGAGCCCCUCAAGUAAUUCCCCUCUCCUAUGCCCUUGCACAUUCCCCGUCCACAGAGCCGACUCGAGGCAAGACAGGGAAGACGCGCGGUGGCAGCCGUGGGGACUCCUUCCCCGGUGCACGUCGUGGUCGUGGCCGCAUGAAGAGUCCGUCCGAGGACAGAAUGGUUUACAGCCAUGAUCCAGCCUCCGACAACCACCCUGCCAACGUUGCUCGCCUGAAUCUGCAUCGUUUUCCUGACUUGUCCCCUGCAAGUGGCAACUUUGAGUCCUUGCGCCAGAAGCUGACAAAUGAACCGCAGAAUGGCCCUCCUAUGCAAGUCGAUCCUAGCAUACAGAUGAAUUACCAGCACAACAUGAUGCAAGGUCAAUAUGGCUAUCCCAAUCAGCCAUCUCCUCGGCAGUUCCAGCCUGGUGGCUACGGAGCCAACAUGCAGCCAGCUUACAGCAACCAGGGUCAAGCCCCGACCAUGUCUCGUGCCUCUUCGCAAAUGUCUAAUGCACCAGACCGUCCCGGGUCCAGCAUUGGCCAUCAACCUCAAACCCCUUCGCUACCCUCGUCAUCGAUGCCAAUUUCGUCGACCUCGCGCACCCCGAGCAUGUCACAACCUUCAAAGAGCUCCAACUUCUCCAUUCCCGAGAAGAAGAAGGUCGCUAUUGUCAUCAAGAACCCGAAUACUGGCGAAGCCCUAAGUUUCAAAGACAAAGCCCCAGCGUCACCUGCACCCAGCUCUGCUGUCGCUUCGGCUGUCACUCCAUCCAACCCGACGCCGCCCAGUCGCACACCAAGCGCUGUCGACCAAGCUCAUACACGCACAGAGAGUGUAAGCGCCAAAACUGAUGAGGAGCGCAAGCGUGCUAUGCAGGAGGCUGUCAAGCAGAGAAUAGCCGAGCAGGCGAAGGAACAAGCAAAGGCGGAAGGUGUCGUCGAGGAACAGGCCGAGAUCCACCAAGAGCAAAGCGACGCUGCCAAGGUCGAGGCAGAAGAGGCCAAGGCUACUGCUGACAAGGUUGAAAAGGAAGCCGAGACUGUUGAACAGGCAGCGAGCGAGCAGGAGACAGCUCCAGUCUCAAAGCCUGAGGAUACCCCCAAGGAGGAACCAGCUCCAGCGGAGGCUACACCUGCGGCACCCGCUGCAGACUCUGACGAACCCGACUAUGAUGCGAUCGAGGCAGAGUAUGCAGCCAUCGAAGCUGAAGAAGCUCGCAAAGAGGCCGAGUAUCAGAAGAAGAAGGCAGUCAAGAAGGAAGCCGAGGCUCAGCGUGAGAAAGAAGAAGCCGAGCAGUAUGAACGUACUAUGCGAGAGCAAGAGCGCGAGGCCGAAGCACUCGAAGCUCAGCGGGAGAAGGAGCGUGACGGCGGUGGCCCAAGCGACGAUGAAUCCAAGCGGUUGUUCGCUGAGCUCAAGAGCGGCGUCAAGACUCCAGCCUCCACUGACACGCCCGCCGAGGCCACCCCAUCUGGACCCAGCGGUGCGGCUACGCCUGUGUCAGACGUGUCGAUGCCACCUCCAGCCCGAGCUUUGGGUGCUAAACGAGGCAAAGCCGCUGAGCUGACCCUCGACACCAAGAAGCCAAUUGAGCCACCUGAGCCGAGCGCUACUCUCAAGGCCUUGCAGUCCGCCAAGAAGCUGAGUGAUCUCACAAAGGUAACAUACCCAUCCGAGAUCGCGUCGCCCAACCCAGCUUUGAAUGAGAACGCUCCCGCCAAUCGAGGCUUCAAGUACGACAAAGCCUUCUUGUUACAAUUCCAGCCCAUCUUCAAGGAGAAGCCAUAUCUUGACUGGGAUGCUCGGAUCAGAGAUGUCAUGGGAGAUGGCGAACAGUCUGCUCGCACUGCAAAAACCCCAAGCAGCGGCAUGGGUGGUCGCUCAUUCUCGCAGCGAGGAGCACCGCAGAACAACUUCGCCGGGCCUAUGGGUGCAUUCAACAGAGCGCCACUGCCGCCAAAUACGACUUCUGAACAACGCUUUGCCAUGUCCAAUGCGGCUGGACCCAUGGGUCGCGGCAUGCCUAUGGGCAAUCCUUUCAUGGGUCGCGGCGGAAUCCCAAUGGGCCGACAACCGUCGAACACCAUGGCACCAGGAUCGCCUCGCGUCGGACAGAGCCGUGGUGGAUCUCGUGCCGAAAGCAAGCGCAACAACCGAUCUGCUAAGCAGGUCGCCGAAGAGAACAAGAGUAUGCCGCUGACCGCUGGUAUGAACGUUGGUUCACUCGAGGUAUCGUCCACUGGCUGGAAACCACGUAGCGUGGGUCAAGGUUCGUCCUUGGGCCCUGCUCCUGGUGGCGAAGCGCACAUGGACCCCGAAAUGGUGCAGCGAAAGGUCAAAGCCGCUCUCAACAAGAUGACACCGGAGAAAUUUGACCGGAUCGCCGACCAGAUCCUCGCCAUUGCAGCUCAGUCGAAGGAGGAGUCCGAUGGUCGCACUCUGCGACAAGUCAUUCAGCUCACUUUCGAGAAGGCUACUGAUGAGGCGCACUGGGCCAGUAUGUAUGCCAAGUUCUGUCUCAAGACACUGCAGAGCAUGAGUGCGGAGAUCAAGGACGAGAACGUUAAAGACAAGAACGGCAACAUCGUCACUGGUGGCAAUCUGUUCCGCAAAUACCUUCUCAACCGGUGUCAAGAAGAGUUCGAGCGUGGCUGGAAAGUCAAUAUUCCUGAGCCCAAGGAGGGCCAAGAUGCAGAAGCCGCAAUUCUCUCUGAAGAGUACUACGUUGCUAUGGCUGCAAAGAGACGUGGCUUGGGUCUGGUAAAGUUCAUUGGAGAGCUUUUCAAGCUCGGCAUGUUGACCGAGCGCAUCAUGCACGAAUGUGUCAAGAAGCUUGUCGACUACGAAGGUACUCCUGAUGAGGCUGAGAUUGAGAGUUUGACGAGCUUGCUUCGCACAAUUGGUCGUCAACUAGACGAUCCCUCGAGCAAGGCCGCAGGUCGCAUGGAUGUCUACUUUGAGCGCAUCAAGGUCAUCAUGAACUUGCCUGAUCUCAACAGCCGCUUGAAGUUCAUGCUUCUGGACAUCAUCGACCUUCGGAAGAACGGCUGGAUUUCCAAGGACGACGAGAAAGGCCCCAAGACCAUUCAACAAAUACACGAAGAGGCUGAGCUCAAAGCACAGAAAGACGAGGCUGCCCGCUUGGCUCAGCAAGCUAACCGUGGUCGUGGCGGUCCCAUGCCAAUGGGUCGCGGCGACGCUCGAAGCUUUUCAUACGGCCAAGUACCACCACCCGAUAACUCCAACAGAGUUGCAACAGACGACCUUCGACGCCUCGGCGCUUCACGAAGCAAUCGCAAUGCUAGCAACACUGGCGGUAUGGGACCUGCUCUGCUCGGUCCUCGCACAAACAGUGGCCGCCGUGGACUCGGUCCUGGAAGCGCGUUCAACCGUGGUGACGAUAGCAACGCCAGCAGCCGAACUGGAACUCCUCCUGCGACCAAGAAGGAAGAGAAGAAGGAUGAGUCGAGUACAAAUGCUUUCAGUGCACUUGCAGCUCUUGAGAGCGAACCUCCAAACUCACCGCCCUCAAACCCCGGUUCCCCUCCGAGUCAACAGGCUCAGCCAUCAAUCGAUCGGUCUCGAUCGCCUGAUACCAAGGCUGAAUAA